UCCAAUUAAAUGAAAAGAGAUUGUUUAUUCCUUAUUCGAGAGCUUUUCCGAUUUCCCUAAUGCAGUUCGAUUAGGAAACUGAAAUCUGCUCCAGAGAAGAUUCCAGGACAUACAGCAGCUUUUCCUCUCAGGAAUUGAACUUCAAAUCCAACCCCAAGACUGAAAUAUAAAUAAACAAAUCCCUUCCCUUUUUUCUAUAAAUAUAAUAAACGCUUGAGUCGAAUAAACACAUAUCCUAAACAAUUCAUCAAUUCUAAUCUCAAAAUCAAGAACAACAACAACAAGAAGAAGUUUAGAGAUCUUUCUUGCUCUCAGGUAUCGUCUUCAUAAAUCAUAAUCACCGCAAGAACAAGAAAGGAUAUGGAUUCGCAGAAAAGCACAUGUAAUCCAAUGUGUGCUAAGGGCUGCGGCUUCUUUGGCACAGCAGAGAACUAUAACCUCUGCUCCAAGUGCUACAACGAUUAUAUCAAAGAGGAGCUAAUUGCUAAAUCGAAUGAGUCUAUCAACCCAGCAGCUACACCAAUUGUUACCCACCAAACUUUAUCAACCAAGACCAAAGAAACGGAUACGACAAUUGCCUCAGGUUCAACCUUAAAGAAUAGAUGUGAGAGUUGCAAUAAGAAGGUGGGUUUCACAGGGUUCGCGUGCCGCUGCAGGAAGGUCUUCUGUGGGUUUCACCGUUUCCCUAAAGAGCACUCGUGCACGUUCGAUUUUAAGAACGCUGAUCGUGAACUCUUGGUUAAGAGAAAUCCGAUCGUAAAGGGUGAUAAGAUGAAUACUAGGCUCUGAAUAGAGAGAUUAUUCUAUCCAACAGUCUUACGCAUAAUCUAUAGAUUUUAAUUAUUGAUUACAUGAGAUCGUUGUAUUUUAAAAUUUCUUUCUGAUUAGGGUUGAGAUUCAUCGUU